CUUCCCUCCCAGCCAAUGCAGAAGAUCCUUGCUGUCCUGGUCCUUCCCCUGCCAGGAUCUACUGCCGGAAGAUGGCGGCGGCUGCGGAGUUGACUCUGUUGGAGAAAUCCCUGGGGCUGAGUAAAGGGAACAAAUACAGCGCUCAGGGCGAGCGCCAGAUUCCAGUUCUUCAAACAAACAAUGGUCCAAGUCUGACAGGACUAACUACCAUAGCAGCUCAUCUUGUCAAGCAGGCCAACAAAGAAUAUUUGCUUGGGAGCACUGCAGAAGAAAAAGCAAUCGUUCAGCAGUGGUUGGAAUACAGGGUAACUCGAGUAGAUGGACACUCCAAUAAGGACGAUAUCCGCACUCUGUUGAAGGAUCUUAAUUCCUAUCUUGAAGAUAAAGUCUACCUUACAGGAUAUAACUUUACCUUAGCCGACAUCCUAUUGUACUACGGACUUCAUCGCUUUAUAGUUGACCUGACAGUUCAAGAAAAGGAGAAAUAUCUUAAUGUGUCUCGCUGGUUUUGUCACAUUCAGCAUUAUCCAGGGAUCAGGCAACAUCUGUCCGUUGUUGUCUUCAUCAAGAACAGACUAUAUACUAAUUCCCACUAGAAGCUAACCAUGACAUACAGAAGCGUGGUCACAAAUAUUUUAAAUGGAAUUGUAUUCUGGACCAGAGAUCUAACGUAAAUGGAUACUCAGUCAUUCUUUAUUUGCUAAAGUUGGAAUAAAGUUAUGUCUGAAUGUUUUAUUUGUUCUUUAGUUGGAAUUUUGCAACUUUUAUGUAAAAAUUCAACUGUCAAAACUUGAGAUGAAGUAAUGAAAUUUAUUUUAGUAAAACUUGCAAAUCAGUGGCUUAAUCUUAGAGAAAAAAUAAUCCUUUCAGUGGCUGACAUAUUUAGCUAUUUAUCGACCUUCCUCUCAUAUUUUACAAUUCAUUUUCCCCUUAUGGAUAUUUACAGUAAUUUGUUUAAUAAGCACUAUAAUUAAUUGUACCAAGGAUACAGAAAGGGAAGACAGAUGGAUUCUUUUUCAAAUAUUUAUGUGAGCCAGUAAAUGUGGUUGACAAAAA